AGAAAUGUCCGCUUACAUGCAUAUUGCAUCCGGCUGUUAAACUACUACCACCAGUGGAGAAAUGUUCUGGCCUGGCCAGUGAUGCCAGAAUCGUGGGCGCUGGGCUCCGUACUAUGACCUAUCGCCUUAUAUUUAAUCGUCUGUUUCAGAUAAACCGAAUUAUUUGUUGACAGAACGUUGAAGCGAGCACAGUAGCGAAAAUGAUGCACAAAGUUCCAGAUAUCAAAUACACUCAGUUAUUUAUUAAUAAUGAAUUUGUGGAUGCAGUAAGUGGUAAAAGAUUUCCUACUAUAAAUCCAGCUACUGGUACUGUUAUUGCAGAAGUCUCUGCAGGUGACAAGGCAGAUGUAGACAAGGCAGUUGCUGCUGCAAAGCAAGCAUUCAGUAGAGGAUCAACAUGGCGAAAUAUGGAUGCAUCAGCUCGUGGAAAGUGUAUGAACAAAUUUGCAGAUCUCGUUGCACGAGACUCAGAAUAUAUUGCCACUCUUGAAACUUUUGAUAAUGGAAAAACAUUUGCAAAUGCAGUGUUUGAUAUAGAAGCAAGCAUAGAAGUAAUUCGUUAUUAUGCUGGGUGGUGUGAUAAAAUUGUUGGAGAAACUAUUCCAGCAGAUGGAAAUCUUGUAUCAUUUACACGCAAGGAACCAGUUGGUGUAGUGGGUCAAAUUAUUCCUUGGAAUUAUCCGUUUCUUAUGUUGGCAUGGAAAUGGGGUCCAGCUUUGGCUACUGGAUGUACUAUUAUUUUGAAACCAGCUGAACAAACUCCCUUAAGUGCACUUCAUGCUGCAGCACUUAUUAAAGAAGCUGGAUUUCCUCCUGGUGUUGUGAAUGUUAUUACUGGAUAUGGUCCAACAGCUGGUGCAGCUAUUGCUAAACAUCCAGAAGUUUCUAAAAUUGCAUUCACUGGAUCUACACAGGUUGGUCAUUUAAUAAUGGCAGCUUCUGCCGCGAGCAAUCUGAAACGUGUUAGUCUUGAAUUGGGUGGCAAGAGUCCAUUAGUUGUCUUUGAUGAUGUUGAUGUUAAAGAAGCUGCCGAAAUUGCUUACAAUGCAAUAUUUACAAAUCAUGGACAAAACUGCUGUGCCGGUUCACGUACUUUCGUGCACGCUAAAAUCUAUGAUCAAUUUGUUACUCAUGCUAAGCAAUUAGCAUUAAAAACAAAAGUCGGCGAUCCUUUCGAUCCUGUGACCCAACAGGGACCACAAGUUGAUCAAGAUAUGUUUGAUAAAGUUUUAGGUUUAAUUAAGUCAGGGCAAGAAGAAGGUGCAGUGCUGGAAGCUGGUGGAGAACGUCAAGGCAAAGUUGGUUACUUUGUAAAGCCCACUGUCUUUUCAAAUGUGACUGAUGAUAUGAGAAUCGCAAAAGAGGAAAUAUUUGGACCUGUUCAAUCUAUUUUGAAAUUUGAAACAAUGGAUGAAGUUAUCGAACGUGCAAACAAUACAAAUUAUGGCUUGGCCUCUGGUAUUCUUACUAAAGAUAUUGAUAAAGCUUUGGUCUUUGCACAAGCAAUACAAGCUGGAAGUGUUUGGAUAAAUUGCUAUGACGCUAUUACACCCCAAACUCCGUUCGGUGGAUUCAAACUAUCAGGAAUAGGUCGUGAAUUGGGUUCAGAAGGAUUAAAGGAAUAUCUCGAGACCAAAACAAUAUCUAUUAAAGUGCCGACACGUAAUUGAGAAUAAUCUGC